GGCUAUUUUAAAAAGUUGGAAUUUAAAGUAAUUGUUCCUAGGUGAUACUGAUGAUAGUAAUCAGGUGGUGGAUAUGAAGACGAUGAUUAUGAUGAUAAUAAUAGUAAUUGAGUUAAUUUGUAAAGCACUUUUCUCACACCAAGGGGCAAAAAAAUAAAUAUAUUUGAAAUAAUAAAAAUGAUAAAAACAAUCCAGAACAUAGAACACAGGCAACAAACAAAGUUAUAUACAGGUGUCAUCAGAUCCGGAGGACAUGAGAACAGAAUUAGCAGAGAUGAAUGAUGGAAAUUAUGAUUUUAGUCCAUGAAAAUUAUCCCACAAAAACCUGGAUGUAUUUUUGAAUGACAAGGAAUGUGUCGGUGCUGGGCUGCCUAUAGACCCACAUCCCCAUGGGUGGGCUACAGACUCAUUCAUAUACAGUGAUCACAUGUUUAGGCGAGGGGCCGAGGCCACGACAGUGGCGCAUAAACACUUUCACUAUUUCAACAGAAUUCCCGGGAACUUCACAUGAAAUAAAUUCUUCUCGUGCCGAGUGCCCUGCUGCUGCUACGGUUAAAGUAACAUUUCAGUGUAGAGCGAAUUUGGGAUUGUCUGUUUUGGUGGUUGCGUUUAUAACUGCGGGAUUACAGCUGUUUUGGUGAAGAGUAACGGUACAACAUUCAACGCCGAAUUUCAACUUGUUACUUCUGGUUUGUGGGUUAGUUUUCGCCUUGCCUCGAAAAGUAGUUCUCAAAAUAUUUUCAACACACCAUGGUCCACAAGUAUGACACAGAGAGGGCAGUGGGUCUGCUGAGACAAUACCAGGAUAGUCUGACCAGGCCAGAGGAGCAAGCCCUGAAGACCAGCGUGGGGAAGGUCUCCGCCAUCUUCGGAAGCCAACUGUUUCACGCCCUACUUGAUAUCCAAGAAUGUUACGAGGUGACCCUGCAACUGAACACAACCCAGAACGCAGUGAAGGAGGCCAGUGCUGAGGAUGCGGGGGAGAACUCUGAGGAGGAGGGAGUGUCGCGGGUACGAGUGACCAGCAGGAGGAACCCUCAGAAGGUGGAGCAUGUGUUGGGGCUGGUGAGCCGCUACCACAUCGAGACGCCUAAGGCGAACCCUCCCCCUGUCAUCGUCAACGCAGACUCAUUGGAUACAGGCCCUUAUGUAAAUGGCAGUGAUGGGAUGUAUAAAUAUGACGAGAUCAUCUUGGAAAGGGGUAACUCUGGCCUGGGCUUCAGCAUCGCUGGGGGGAUGGACAAUCCACACAUCCCAGAUGACCCAGGGAUCUUCAUCACCAAGAUCAUCCCUGGAGGAGCUGCAGCUAUGGACGGCAGGCUGGGGGUGAAUGACUGUGUGCUGCGUGUGAACGAGGUGGAUGUCUCUGAGGUAGUCCACAGCCGGGCGGUGGAGGCCCUGAAAGAGGCUGGCCCUGUGGUCAGGCUGCUGGUCAGGAGAAGACAGGCCCCUCCUGAGACCAUCCUGGAGAUAAACCUGCUCAAGGGGCCCAAAGGCCUUGGCUUCAGCAUCGCUGGGGGGAUUGGCAACCAGCACAUCCCUGGAGACAACAGCAUCUACAUCACAAAGAUCAUCGAGGGCGGGGCCGCGCAGAAAGACGGACGGCUGCAGACCGGAGACCGCCUGCUAGCUGUGAACAACAUCAUCCUGCAGGACGUGCGUCACGAGGAGGCGGUGGCGGCGCUGAAGAACACCUCUGACAUGGUCUACCUCAAGGUGGCCAAGCCCGGACCCGUGCACCUCAACGACAUGUAUGCCCCUCCGGACUACUCCAGCACCUUCCCCACCAUGGUGGACAACCACGUCAGCCACAACUCAGGCAUGGCCUACAUGGGAGCUAUGGAGCCCAAGCCUGUCUACAGCCAGCCCCCCCAGGUCACGCCCUCCAGGUACUCCCCAGACCCCCGUCACAUGCUGGGGGAGGAAGACUUCACCAGUCCCGGCCCGCGCCCUGACGCUGUUGCUCUGUUUGGCAGGGAGCCGCGGAAGGUGCUGCUGCACAAGGGCUCCACGGGGCUGGGCUUCAACAUUGUGGGCGGCGAGGAUGGAGAGGGCAUCUUUGUCUCCUUCAUCCUGGCCGGAGGACCAGCAGACCUGAGCGGAGAGCUCAGAAGGGGAGACCGCAUCCUCUCGGUGAAUGGGGUGAAUCUGCGGAAUGCCACCCACGAGCAGGCAGCUGCAGCGUUGAAGAGGGCCGGCCAGACGGUCACCAUCAUCGCCCAGUACCGACCAGAAGAGUACAGCCGGUUUGAGUCCAAGAUCCACGACCUGCGGGAACAGAUGAUGAACAGCAGCAUGAGCUCUGGGUCGGGCUCCCUGCGCACCAGCGAGAAACGCUCCCUCUAUGUCAGAGCUCUGUUUGACUACGACCGGACCAGAGACAGCUGUCUGCCCAGCCAGGGCCUGAGCUUCUCCUAUGGGGACAUCCUGCAUGUCAUCAACGCCUCCGAUGACGAGUGGUGGCAGGCGCGCCUGGUCACGCCCCACGGGGAGAGCGAGCAGAUCGGGGUCAUUCCAAGCAAGAAGAGGGUGGAGAAGAAAGAGCGAGCGAGGUUAAAAACAGUCAAGUUCCACGCCAGGACGGGCAUGAUCGAGUCCAACCGGUCAAUCAAAAUAAAGCGCAAAAAAAGCUUCAACCUCUCACACAAGUUCCCGUUUUACAAGAGCAAGGAGAAUAUUGUGCAGGAGUUGGAGUCUGAACAAUGCCUGACGUCAAACACCAGCGACAGUGAAAGCAGCUCAAAGGGCCAGGAAGACACCAUUCUCUCAUACGAGCCAGUGAUUCGACAGGAGAUUCAUUACACGAGGCCUGUGAUCAUCUUAGGCCCAAUGAAAGACAGAGUUAACGAUGACCUGAUUUCAGAGUUCUCUCACAAGUUUGGCUCCUGCGUUCCUCACACGACACGUCCGCAGCGGGAGAACGAGAUGGACGGCCAGGACUACCACUUUGUGGGCUCGCGGGAGCAGAUGGAGAAGGACAUUCAGGAUAAUAAGUUCAUUGAGGCGGGCCAGUUCAACGAGAACCUCUAUGGGACCAGCAUCUUGUCUGUCAGAGCAGUGGCUGAGAGGGGAAAACAUUGUAUCCUGGACGUGUCUGGGAACGCUAUAAAGCGACUUCAACAAGCACAACUUUAUUCGAUCGCAAUUUUCAUCAAACCAAAAUCCAUUGAAGCUCUUAUGGACAUGAAUAAGAGACAGACUUACGAACAAGCUAAUAAAGUCUUUGAUAAAGCAAUUAAGCUUGAACAAGAGUUUGGAGAAUUUUUCACAGCCAUUGUACAGGGUGAUUCGCUAGAGGAGAUCUACAACAAAAUCAAGAUGAUCAUUGAGGAACAGUCGGGCCCCUACAUCUGGAUACCUUCUUCAGAGAAGCUCUGAGCUCCCCAGCUGUACUCCUCUAUCGGCGCAGAGACCCCCCGACCGACACCCCGCCCAUCCCCCGAAGAGCUCCUCCCUCCCCCUUUUUUGCAGAUAUGUUUCAUAUCAAGUUUUAGUGUCAUCAUUAUGUUAAUCUCAAAUGAAAACUAGUCUUAUCACCAUUUCUGUGACUGUGCACACCCCUGCAUGAGUUUCUCAGCAAAUCCAUUCAAGACUGGAAAUGCCAUUUCAAAUGAAUUUGUAAUUUUAAAACAAAGCAAGGGAAAAGCAAAAUGAAUCGUUCUUUGUGAAAUGGGACUGACAGUUGAAGAUCAGAAUGUUUUACAGACGACGCUGGAGUGAGGAGGAGUUAGGGAUUCAGGAGAAGUUGCAGACCAAUCAUACUAGUUGGAACACUGUAAAUGUUCAUCAAAUCACAUUUUUAAAAAAGACACGCAAGGUGAGAAGCAAAGACCACUUAGGUUUUUUUUCUACAAGGACUGGAUAAUAUCAAGCCCAGCUGAUGGUACUGUUGGAGUUAUCGCUCUUCUUUGUAAUUACUGAAGAAAUUGGUGGAGAAGCCUACAGACUGGUGAUCUACCAGCUUGCCGUUUGAUCAGCUGCCAGUUGUUGGUGCUGCAGCUGAUACAGACCUCUUGGGAGGCAGAACCAAUGGAAGAAAUUAGUUCUGAAUCUCUACAUUUAUAUAAUGAAAUCACAAGGUAAAUUAUCAAAUCCUACUGCGAUUUUACUACAUAUUAAAAAUGACACGUUUUACACUUCACUAGAAUUGUCUACUUGGAGAGGGCUGUUAGAUUGUUUUUUUGCUUGUGGUUUUUAGCUGCUCUGUGUAAAGGAUGGGAGUAGAGAAGUGUAACGGGGCUCUCUGCAAAACACCAAACUGCCUUACAUCAAAUACAAAUUGUUAUAUUACUACCUGUACUUUGAGGGAAGCUAUAAAUAAUUGACAAUGAAAAAAAAGAUGGAACUUUUUAUUUUAAAUGUUCACUUUUCUGCGUUGUCUCCUGACUUCCAGGAGGCCUAACUUGUGAGUGCAAUAGACGAACGCAUCGCACUUCUGUGGACUUCUAUCUUCCCUUUUGUAUUCUUUUUGACCCUUUUCCUGUUGUAAUUUAAGAUUUGAUUGGAUUUCAAUUUAGGCAGCCAUAGCUCCCUCACCCACGUUGAGCAGCAGAUCACCCUAUUACACUCUCUACCUUCCAAGAGGAGUGUGUCUUCUGAUUGAAUGGUCACAUGGUACUGUCCUGAAUAUGCCAUCAUGAAGGUGGCCUUAAAAACAGGUAGAACAAGACAAUACUUGUAUUGGAUGUCCUAACAGAGGCAAUUUAACCUGCUUUUGGAUUGUCCCCUUUCCCCCCACCCAAAAUAACACUAAAGAGUGGUUUGAUUAAAACCUACAUUGCAUUCGUAAAGUAUUCAGACUUCUUGACUUUUUUUUCACAUUUUGUUACAUUAGUCUUAUUUUAAAAUGGAUUAAAUACAUUUUUUAUCAAUCAACACACAAUACUCCAAAAACAGUUUUAGAAAGUUGUGUAAAUGUAUUAGAAAUAAGAAACAGGAAAUGCCUUACUUACAUAAGUAUUCCGACCCUUUGCUAUGACUUGAAAUUAAGCUCGGGUGAAUCCUGUUUCCAUUUAUCAUCCUUGAUGUUUCUACAACUUGAUUAGAAUCCACCUGUGGGAAAUUCAAUUGAUUGGACAUGAUCUGGAAAGGCACACAACUGUGUGUAUAUAAGGUCCCACAGUUGACAGUGCAUGUCAGAGUAAAAACCAAGCCAUGAGGUUGAAGGAAUUGUCUGUAGAGCUCAGAGACAGGAUUGUGUCGCGGCACAGAUCUGGGGAAGGGUACCAAAACAUUUCUGCAGCAUUGAAGGUCCCCAAGAACACAGUGGCCUUAAAUUGAAGAAGUUUGGAACCACCAAGACUCUUCCUAGAGCUAGCCGCCUGGCCAAACUGAGCAAUCGUGGGAGAAGUGCCUUGGUCAGGGAGGUGACCAAGGACCCAAUGGUCACUCUGACAGAGCUCCAGAGUUCCUCUGUGGAUAUGGGAGAACCUUCCAGAAGGACAACCUUCUCUGUAGCACUCCACCAAUCAGGCCUUUAUGGUAGAGUGGCCAGAUGGAAGCCACUCUUCAGCAGUAGGGACUGGGAGACUAGUCAGGAUCGAGGGAAAGAUGAACGGAGCAAAGUACAGAGAGAUCCUUGAUGAAAACCUGCUCCAGAGCACUCUGGACCUCAGACUGGGGCGAAGGUUCACCUUCCAACUGGACAACGACCAUAAGCACACAGCCAGGACAACGACCAUAAGCACACAGCCAAGACAACGCAGGAGUGGCUUCAAUGGCCCGGCCAAAGCUCGGACUUGAACCCGAUCGAACAUCUCUAGAGAGACCUAAAAAUAGCUGUGCAGUGUCGCUUCCCAUCCAACCUGACAGAGCUUGAGAGGAUCUGCAGAGAAGAAUGGGGAAAAACCCAAAUACAGGAGUGCCAAGCUUGUAGCGUCAUACCCAAGAAGACUUGAGGCUGUAAUUGCUGCCAAAGGGGCUUCAACAAAGUACUGAGUAAAGGUUCUGAAUACUUAUGUAAAUGUGUUAUCAUUGUUUUUAUAUAUAUAUAUAUAUAUAUAUUUAAAAAUAUAUAUGUUUUGCUUUGUCAUGGGGUUAUUGUGUGUAGAUUUAAGUAUUUAAUCCAUUUUAGAAUAAGGCUGUGACUUAACAAAAUGUAGAAAAAGUCAAAGGGGUCUGAAUACUUCCUGAAUACACUGUAUAUGCUCUGUGUAUCUAACGUUUUUAAAUCAUUUUUGAAUGAAUUCUGGGCAUGUGUUGAACCACUGUGUUAUGAACCCAUGCCAUGUCUGGGGUGAGCAAGGUCAGCUCAGGAAUCUAACACGCAGAUUUAAUUUCCCCUGUGACUGAAAUGCCAUGUUUGAAAGGAGACAUGGAGAGUUCAAAGCUGUUAAAUGUGAAUGAGAGUAAUUGACUGAACGAUCUGAGUGAUUUUAAAGGCAUUUGCAUUGAACUAUUUAAUAAGCGAAUGUAAUAUGUCUAUCUUAUGAUGCGGUGAAGCUUUGUGAAGACCACUUCUGUGGUAAACCCUUGCCUGAGUUGGCUCUAUGGAUUCAACAGGAUUGAAAUGACCUGCCCCAUCUCCCUUUGCGGAUCUUGGCACUGUGUGUUUGUGUACAUGUGAGGGGACUUGUUGAAGAAUAAGGAAUGCUGUGGCUCCCUACCCUGUGAACGUUUUGAUUUUCCACCUUUUUUUGGGAGAGGGGAAUGGGUUUUCCUCAGAUACCUGAGAGCCAGACCAUCUUCUUUAUGCCCACAGGAAGUUGUCACCUAGCCCUCUGGGUCCCUUACUUCCCCCUAAAGCACCUGUACCUGAAGGCAUUUUCUGAACAGGUGUGCCCACCUGCCAGGCACCACUGCUAAACCAGCUGUCAUUACCUGUGUCAAAACCAGAGUUCAGGGAAUAACCGAAGGGAACAGAGCCAUUUAUAAACUGCAUACAGACUGUUUCAAAGGGUGUGGUAGCUGUCAAAUGUAAAUAUGCCCCCAGCAGAUCCCCCUCACCUGUGCUUCAUGCAUGUGUGAAACAAACUGGGGCAAAACAUGUUUUCUAGAUCACAAAUGUCAGGUAAGUAAACUGAGCUAUUCUGAGAUAUAAUUUCCAUACAAAUGUGCUGUAAUGUUGGAUAUUUCUCUAUAGACAAAUCUUCAGCUGCCUAUUGGAAAAAUGUUUGUCAGUUGGGAACGUAAUUCCUUCAAGUAGGGCCUGUCUACAUGUUAUUUCUUGUGGAAAAUGGUGUCUGGGUGUAUAGAAUUAAACAAUUAUGUUUAAAAAAAUGAAGAUGAGACACAGGCAGCAACCUACAAGGUGAUAUUCCAGAAAUCAUGAGGUGCAUUGAUCAUUAUCUCAUUUAGAACUGCUCCUCAGCUGUGUUUCAACUAAACACCAGACUGUUAACGUCUGGUAUUUAUACCUCUCGGUCAGCCAUGUCAAUAAAGCCCAAAGAACUAGAUUUAAUUGUAUUAUUUCUAUUGCGGUAGAACAAGAUUGAACCGAAAUGCCUCUUGUGUUUGUAUAAUUGAUGAGGGUCUUUUUUUCCAGUGAGAGAGACAUGAGCUCUGGGGGGGUGGGGUCGGUCGGGUUAUGGUUUGUCCAUCUGGGUGAUGAGUUGUUUGACAGCGCACCUGUGCAGUAAGUGCUUGCGAACCCUUUGAUUGUACAGUACUUUCCUUCCUGUCACACUACAGGUGGUAGAGCCUAUCAGGACGCUGGGCCGAACGGUCUUCCCUGUCCUAGUCAUGAGGGAACAGUCCUGCAACCUAUUUUGUUUGGGGUUUUGUUUUGGACUGGACAAGAGUUUAUUUGUUUGAAAAUAAUAAAAUAUGUGACUCGGUUA